AAUUUCACUUCCUGUGUCUCUCAGGUGAGUCACCUUGGCAAAUGUAGUCGAUCGCUCGGUUUUAUGUCGACAUCAAACAGGCUGUUCUCUGGUGAGAGUUUCACUGUAGUAAAGUUCCGCCUCGAGAGCAUUUGGAGAAGUCCUGGAAUAUUUCUGGGUGUAAGGCAUUAGCUGAAGGGUUAUAUUAGAAGUGUUUCGCCCCACUGAGGCCUAAACACCUUGAAGGAAUCGUCUUCUUUAAUAAUAGGCGGUGUUUUUACUUUCGUAUAAACACGAGAUCAGUGGACUACUCGUUUGGGUUACAGGACUAAAAUGAAUUCCCUCCCUAAAGGACACCUGGCAGGGUGUGCGCUCCUGCUGCUGGUGUUUCUCCUGGACUCCACUUUUGGCCAGGCCGGCGAGCAAUGUCUAGCCCAAUUCAAGAGGGGCAAGGAGGAUUUUGUCCUCGAUGGCGACGAGUCUGUGAAAGACGGAGCCACGUUCAUUUCGUCGCCCCAAUUAACUCGAUACAGGGACUGCGUGAGCGCGUGCUGCAAAGAGCUGGAGUGCAAUGUCGCCUUCAUGGAGAGAGGAUCCGAGGAAGGCUUGAUCAAGUCCUGCUUUCUCUUUAACUGUGUGUACAAGAAGAAAUACGCCUGCCGCUUUGUCAGGAAGGAAGGAUACAGCAGUUACAUCCUAGACUCCGUUUAUGAUAGCUACCUGGAACGGGAUGUCCCCACCAAUACUGCCGAUCAGCCGCCUACGGCCAACGGAGGUCAGGACCUAGUGGUCCAGCCUCAGGAUACCGUGACACUGAAUGGCAUAGAGAGCAAAGACGACCAGGGGAUUGUGACCUACCUGUGGCAAAUGGUCACCGCAUAUCCUAAUGCUGUCAUUGAGAAAACCAACUUUGACGACCAGAUUAUGGUGUCCAACCUGACAUCUGGGGUGUACAAGUUCCAGCUGACUGUCACAGACGCCAUCGGCCAAUCAGACUCCACCAAGGUCACUGUCCUGGUCCUCACUCCAGAGCAGUCUGAGCACCACUGCAUGGUUCCAAAGAAGAUAGGGCCGUGUCGUGGGCUCUUCCCUCGCUGGCAUUACAAUGGUGCCUCAGAACAGUGUGAGGCCUUCAACUUUGGGGGCUGCAAGGAGAAUCAAAACAACUAUCUCUCCAAGGAUGAGUGCAUGAUCGCCUGCGCCAGCUCAGAAAAAGGUGGUAAAUCUGGUAGACUUUUGCCAAUUCCCCCAACUCGAGGACAAAGAUGUGGUGAUAGUCCGUGUGCAGCAGAGGAGUUCACGUGUGAAAACAGCUGCUGUUUGGAUCGGGGUCUGGAGUGUGACUCAACCCCACAAUGUUCCGACAACUCGGAUGAGAAACACUGCGCAGAAUACGACAAAAACUUUCGGAUUCUGUUGCAGAUCCCAGUGAAUGAACAAAAAGUGCGCUGCACAGAGCUCCCUGACACAGGGAACUGCAGGGACAGUCUCACCAAGUGGUACUACAACCCCCUCCACAAGGACUGCUUCCGCUUCAACUACGGAGGCUGCCCAGGGAAUGACAACAGAUUUGACUCUAAGGAGACCUGUGCGAGAGUUUGCAGUGGAGUAACAGGUGAAUUGUUAUUUGCCCACUUUACCAAACUACCAUGCUUUCUAAAGGCACAUAAGAUGGUAUAAUUUCCCCACUCUCAU